GACCAGGCACAUUCCCCAUUGUUCUAGCAGCGUCUAUGUUUUUGCUUUAAGACACGUUGCAAGUUUGAGCCAUUUUACCAUUUGCACAUGGGGUGUCUGGAUCGCGCCUCCGAACUCUGUCACUGGCCCCAUGAUAGCACGGGACUCAAAAAACGCGCGCCAUUAGAGACAGUGGAGAUUAAAGUGAAAAUGGACUGUGAAGGGUGUGAGACAAAGGUGAGAAACUCAGUGACAGGGAUGAAAGGAGUGAUCCAAGUAGAAGUGGACCGCAAACUACAGAAACUGACGGUGACCGGAUACGUGGACCCAGACGAGGUCUUGCACCGUGUGAGGUAUAGAACGGGAAAGAAAGCUGAGUUCUGGCCGUAUGUGCCGGCUGAGGUAGUCCCUCACCCAUACUCUCCAGGUGUGUAUGAUAAGAGAGCCCCACCUGGGUACGUCCGAAAUCCGCUUCAGCUCGAGGACCCACAGGCCUCUUCUAUUGCAAGUGCCAGUUCUUUCGAGGUGAAGACCACUACAGCUUUCAGUGAUGAUAAUCCAAAUGCUUGUGUGAUAAUGUGAUUAAUUGCAUGUUGUGAUUAGUCAAUCUGGGCUGUGAUCGAUGAGUGUUGUGUGGUGUGUGUGAAAUAGGUGUAAAAUUUUCAUGGAAGAGUUUACGUUACCGUUAACCCUACCAAAAUUUCUUUUUGAAAAGUUACCUUCCCUUCUUAUUUUU